UCUUUAAAAGAAAAAAAGAAAUUAAUUGAAAACUUUAAAUUUAAAGAAAAUAAAUUUGAAAAUCCAGUUGAAAGAGAAAAAAAUGAAUGGGCAGAAUUGGAGGGGAAAAAGGAAUAUUUUGAGAAAAUAGAGAAAAAAAUAGAAGAAUUUGGAAAUUUUGAAAGAAAAUUUUUAAUUAAUUUUGAAAUAAAAAAUUGGAAAAUAGCUUUAAAUUUAAUGGAAUAUAAACAAAUAUUUGAAUUAUUUUUUGGGGAAUUAACUGCAAAAGAAAUGGAAAAUUUGUUUAUAAUAGAUAUUGAUGUAAUAGAAAAUAAAAGGUUAGAAAUUGUUGAAGAAAAAUUUAAAAAAUAUAGAGAAGAAAUUGAAGAAGAAGAAAAUUUGGAAGAAGAAAAAAUUGGUGAAAAAUUGGAAGAAAUUGCUAAAAAAUUAAAUAUUGAGAGAGAAUUAACUGAAAAGUACUUUAUAUUUUUUUUUAAUUUUAAAAUUUAA